GAGGAUGUAGAUAAGGCAGUGAAAGCAGCAAGAUCAGCUUUUCAAAUUGGGUCCCCAUGGCGGACAAUGGAUGCCUCAGAGAGAGGAAGGCUCUUGAACAGGCUGGCUGAUUUAAUUGAAAGAGAUCGUCUGUUAUUGGCAACAUUAGAAUCUGUGAAUGGUGGAAAAGUCUUUUCCAAUGCAUAUCUGAUGGACUUAGGGGGCUGUGUGAAGAUAUUGCGCUACUUUGCAAGCUGGGCAGAUAAGAAUCAGGGUCGUACUAUCCCAAUAGAUGGAAAGUAUUUCUCUUACACAAGACAUGAACCUGUCGGUGUUUGUGGCCAAAUCAUUCCUUGGAAUUUUCCUUUGGUUAUGUUCAUUUGGAAAAUUGGACCUGCACUUUGCUGUGGAAACACUGUGGUUGUCAAACCAGCGGAGCAGACCCCACUCUCUGCACUUUAUGCAGCAUCCCUAAUCAAAGAGGCAGGAUUUCCACCAGGAGUAGUGAAUAUUGUGCCGGGUUAUGGACCCACAGCUGGAGCAGCCAUUUCUUCUCAUAUGGAUGUGGAUAAAGUGGCCUUCACAGGGUCCACAGAG